AUGAUUGAAGACGAUGGAAUGUUGCUGAACUUCAGUACUGACACUACUGAAGAUAAUAAUGAUUCGAAGUUUAAUUCUGGUAAGGUUACUGGUGGUCGUUGGAAAGAGAGGAGGAAGUUAAAGAUGAUGAUGGAAGGUAGGGAACCUGUUAAGAGAAAGACGUUUGAAGAAUUGGAAAAUUCUGAUAUGGAUACUAAUAAGAAGCCUAAAUCCGAUAGUAGUGGCAGGAAGAGUUAUAAUCAGCAAAGUAAUAACGAAAGCGUUAAAGAUGUUGUAAGACCAGUUGUUAGUAAAGUCAACCCCUCUCAAGUAAAUACUCAAAUUGUUUCUUCUCUUUUUACUGCUGCAAGACAAGUUGAAACUUCUGUUAAUAUUAAUGAGCACGAUGACAAAGAAGAAAUUAACCCUUCCAAUGCUCCAUUAGCUGCUGAUAAUUUCGAUUCUUUGAAAAUUGAACAGCAAUUAGUUAAUCAUUUGAAUGAAAAAAUGAGAAUUCAAAAACCUACCAGUAUUCAAAAAUUAGUUCUACCACAGUUAUUAUCCUCUAAAAAUAAUGAUUUAUUUAUUCAUGCACAAACUGGUUCUGGUAAGACAUUGGCCUUCGCUUUACCAAUACUGUCAAAAAUCUUGAGCAUGAAGACAAGAGUGGAUCGUAAAUCUGGGUGCUUUGCUAUAUUUAUUACUCCUACAAGAGAAUUAGCUACGCAGAUUUAUCAUGUCUUGUCUGAAUUAACUAAUUGUUGUCACUAUUUAGUUCCAUGUUUAUUAAUUGGUGGUGAAAGUAAAAAGUCAGAAAAGGCAAGAUUGCGUAAAGGUUGCAAUUUUAUUAUUGGUACCCCAGGUAGAAUAUUAGAUCAUUUCCAGAAUACUCAGUCAGUGAAAGAACAAUUAGCUGUUUCGUUAAGAUAUGUCGUAUUGGAUGAAGCUGAUAAAUUGAUGGAAUUAGGGUUUGAAGAAACAUUGACCGAUAUUCUUAAAUUAAUUCAUGAUAUCUCCUUAAACACCUCAGUCUAUCCACAACUACCUUCUCGUAUUAUGCAUAUUUUAUGUAGUGCCACUUCAAAAGGUAGUGUUACGAAGCUUGGUAAUGUCGCCUUACAGAACUAUAAGAUGAUUAGUAACUCUCAUGUCACUAAUGAAUUAGAAAAUGCCACUGUUCCUGAUCAACUAUUGCAAAAAAUAGCCAUUGUUCCUCCAAAAUUAAGGCUUGUUACACUAGCUGCCACUUUAGAUUCAAUCCAUAGAAAGCAUAUUGAACAAAAGAAGAAAAAAUUGGAUUAUGUAUCCCGUACAGUAGUCUUUUUAUCAUGUUCUGACAGUGUUAAUUUUCACUUUGAGGCAUUCUCAUCUAGUGAUGCAAACCAUAGAAACUUGGUCGGUGAGUCAGCAAGGUUAUUAACAAAGGGUAAUGACAUUUUACCUUCGUUUGAUCCAGAAAAUGAUCCAGAUUUCAUUUGUUACAAAUUACAUGGUUCCUUAUCUCAACAGAUUAGAAGUUCGACUCUGCAACACUUUUCUAAGACAAAUGAAAACGUUAAAGGGAAGCAUUUGGUUUUGUUUUGUACAGAUGUGGCAAGUAGAGGUUUAGAUUUACCAGAAAUUGGUACAGUUAUUGAAUUGGAUCCACCAUUUGCUGUAGAAGAUCAUCUACAUAGAAUUGGUCGUACUGCUCGUGCCGGUAAGCAUGGUGAAUCCUUACUGUUCUUACUACCAGGUGAAGAAGAAGGUUAUAUGGAAUAUAUUAAGCCAUACCACACUAAAGGUUGGAAACUAGUCAAUUAUACUAAUGACUUAUUGAAACCAUCAUUCCAAAACGUUAAUGUUAAGAGAAGUGAUAAAGAAACAUCCAAAAACGUCGAAGAAUGGGACACCAAUGCCACAACAUGGCAUUUGAACGUUGAAAGACGUGUCCUAGAGGAUUCAAGUUUCAAAGAUAUUGCAAUGAAAGGUUAUGCGAGUCAUAUCAGGGCAUAUGCCACUCAUAUUUCAAAGGAAAAAAAAUUUUUCAAUGUCAAAUGUCUACAUUUGGGUCACUUAGCCAAAAGUUUUGCAUUAAGAGAAAGACCUAAAACUAUGGGCCUUCAGAAUACUAAGAAUGGAGGUGAAGCUAAGAAAAAUUCAAAGGAGAGUGCCAAGAAUAAAAUGUUCCGUUUGGCACGUAUGGCAGUUAAGCAAUCAUCUGGAGAAUUUAACUAUUAA